AUGCAGCGUGGUGCACAGCAUACUUGUGAAGAGGCAGGUAAAUCGGAUAGCCAACCAACCCAAAGGAAGCCCAUGACACAACGGGGCGCUUCUUCGACUCAGGGGCCAGGAACAACCCGACGAGCAACUAAACGGCAGAGGCAGCGUUCCGUGGGUGGCUCACCAAGGGAGGGACUGCCAAGCGCACGGCAGCAAGUCCCAGAUCCCGAGCCAGCGCGGUUGGCUCUGUCGUCAGGUGUACGCACGAGGCGCUCUGCCGCGACAGAGCUCCCUUCUCCACAGCUCCCAAAACAGUCUCAUACGCUGGAGCACCUAGAGCAGCAGCAGCUGGAGACACCGGCGCAUUCCGCGUGUGUCGUUCGGCAGUCUCCCCAGCAUCAUGCGGCCAACGCUCCUUCAGAAGCUGAAUACUCCCUUCAGCAAAGAAUAGCUCAUGUAUCGAGGCCUAGCGUAAAGCCUCCAACCAACAGAGAAUGGGUCCCUGAUUUAUCUGGGCCUACUUUGAAAGCCGAAGCGCCGACGAAAACACCUGCUAGACGCCACCGACGGCGUCGUGGAGGCACUCGGCGACUGCAUAGGUGCCCGGAAGAGCCACCUGCCUCAUUAGAGCAAGAGCCAUUGCCACCUGAAGCCAGCGGGCCCUCACGCUGCCUUCGCCCUGACGACCAAUCCUUUGACAGCCUUCGCAGUCCCACCGUAAGGGGCCCAGGAUACUCUGCUUACGAGAAACUACUGCUGUCAGAGGAGGAGAGAGGGAAACAGCUGCUACGGCUGCUGCAUCGAGCCCGCUCAGUUCUGCUUGAGCCCCUUCUGGAUAUCGCUGCUCACCUGCCGCCUAGUGGAGCUUGUGCGACAGGAGGAGCAGCUUUCCUAGACUCAUCCGAGGAGCCAACCGUAUGGCAUCGUGAUCCACAUGGAGGAGCCUCAUACCUGAGAGUAUUCAGCGGUGCUACCUAUCUCUCGCACAAGCACGUGGCUGCCCUCUCUCAGACGGCAGCAGGUAUGACAUUCUUGAUUACGCCCUACUGCAGUAUGCUUAACAGCCAAGUUGAUAUCUCUAUGAGUGCUACACCCCAUACCACCGUCGCACACUGCCCUCAGGAUAAAGCCAUACCGUUAUUUGCUGUGGCUGAUGCUCCAAUUUGGUUUUGUAUGCUCCAGCGUGUCCGUUAUGGGCUCGAUGUCAGGGCAACUGCUUCAGCUGGUAAAGCGGCUACUCAAGCUGGGGACUUUCUAACUCAGUGUGUGAGGGCCUGGAAAUCUUACACGCUGUCACUGCUGCUUCUCAAAUACUUGUAUGCCAGGGGUGCAGAUGCACUCUCUCACCAACAGCCAGCCUUCCUCGGAGCUUCCGUGAGCCUUCAAACGCGUCUUGGAGGUGUAGCUGCUGAAUCGCUAUUGGCGGCUGAAGCAGCAGGGAUACAAAAUACAACGGCUUGUAGAAGUACAGCAAAUGAAACAGCCAAGAUUUUAUGUCAGGCUACAUCUAUCGAUGAAGCGGCUGUCAUAAUCUUCGGACGCUUCGUCAUCGACGCUAGCUUGACUGCGUUGGUCUUGAUGUUAGGCACUCAAUGGACUAGUGGAGAGACUGCGGCUAGAAGCCUUCAAGUGCCUCAGCAGCAUCCCGGGCACCAAGGCGCCCAGCAUGUUAAGCCACCACCCGAACUACUGGACUGGAACGAGGCUCCCAAAACAGCACUAGAGGAUAUAACGCAGCUUCCUCAGGGGCAACAAUGCGUAAUGGAGCAGCACAAAUACGCAGAGCAUCAGCUUCAUCAGUUUGAACAGCAUGAUGCCCUGCUAGUAAGAUUACUUGCAACAGAGGUUCGUACGGCUGGAGCCCAGGACACGAUGCACCAGUUUUCUGCUGAAGGCCCUCCUUUCGUGCAGUCUCAGCUUCCUUUCAACGUAAAGGAGAUGUGGCGAGAGCCUCAUCAUACUGUGGUUUCAGCUUUCCCUUCGCCUGAAGUAGUAGCGGGGACCUUCGAACCACCAGUUUCAUCAAAAUUCGCAGGCCCAUCGCUGCACCAGGGCAAGGCCAAACCAACAGGAGCAAUACAAGUCAUGCAUUCAUCAAGGCCGUCAAAAACAAGAGCCCAGCUCGCAGUACCCUCAUUGCACCUGCAAUGGAUUCGCGAGGCCUUGAUAUUGUUGAGAAGAGUUGACGAUCCCUUAAAUGCGCAGCUGCAGCGCCGACGAAAAUCAGCCAUAACUGCAAUGCCAUUUGCUCCUGGAGUGCAAACUGGGAAACUGGUGGCGAAUUCGGGCUUUUCGGAGGAAAAGCCAUGUGGAAUAACCAUCGCAGGAAACGGAUCAGGCUCUCAGAGAGGCCAUUCACCGAUUCACCAACGAAGCAACCGCUUGUUGUAUGUGAUGUGGAUAGGGGCAGGAGGGGGACCUUGGGGCGGAUGUUCAAACACGUGGUUUAAGCAGAAGAGGUACGCUGCCGCACACACUGAUGCAACUGAUCAGAUGAUAGCUGGUGGCGUUGAGCUGCGAGCAUUUCUUGAUGCAGUUGACGCGCUAACUGCUGCAGAGCGAGCUCUUACUGAGGCCUGCUUUGGGCCCACCUUAGGCAUGUCGUCAUAUUCCAUUGUGGCACACCAGGUUUUACUGAGGAAAAGUUUUGGCAAAAUAUUGCUUUUACAGCCUUCCCUGCUUUGCUUGCUGCAAGAUAACGACUGGAGUGGCAAGUUUUCACACAAAAAGUUGACAGAGCUCUGGUGA